AAGAGCCGAGCCCAAAAGGGCAAUCUAAGAAGACAUUUUGGAUAAACCUCUGAGAGGAAUCCCACGCUCACUCGUUCACUCACAAUGACGACGAUGGCUAUCACUUCAUCUUCUGCGGCACGAUUGCCUCCAAUGCUUCCCACAUACAAUUCCUCCAUUUCCCACAAACUCAGACCUUCGUCCCUCUCUCUCCUUUCGAAUGCCUCCUUCUCCUCUCUCAAAACCCUUAAACCCUCUCUCUCUUCUUCCAGGGUUUUUGCUGCUCCUGAGCUCUUGAGUUCCCAAGAAACCCCUGAUGGCCUUGAAGAUUCUGCAACUAUUGAGGUUGAGGGUUCUGAAACUCCUGGGGCUUCUGCGCUGAGUAUGGGUGUGGAUGCGGAUAAGAUGGCACCGAAGCAGAAAAUUAGAAUUAAAUUGAGGUCUUACUGGGUCCCCCUGAUAGAGGACUCAUGCAAGCAAAUAAUGGAAGCUGCGAGAACAACCAACGCAAAGACCAUGGGUCCUGUGCCAUUACCAACCAAGAAGAAAAUUUUUUGUGUACUUAAAUCACCACAUGUGCAUAAGGAUGCCAGGUUCCAUUUUGAGAUCCGAACCCACCAGCGCCUAAUCGACAUUCUAUACCCAACUGCCCAAACUAUAGAUUCUUUAAUGCAGCUUGAUCUUCCUGCUGGGGUUGAUGUAGAGGUCAAGCUCUGAAGAGGCACUGCUGCUGCUUAGGUGAACACAGUAACUUUCAGCUUUGUGAUUAAAGUUUGUCUCUUUUUUGGGCUUAAAUUUACUUGUCACUUUGUGGAAUGCCUUCCAACAUUAGCGUGAAAAGAAUGAGAUAGGUGCAACUUCUUUUUUA